AUAACAGCUCUUUUCUCCGGGUAACAUUUAGUAUUUCUGCCUUCAGGUCUUACAAAUCGUCCUGUACCCGGCAAAUGAGUGCCGUUGAAGGUUUGGUGUGUAUUGCCAGCAUAGUGUGGUGGCGUUAGGUGUCUCAGUCCUCCCGGGAGAUAUCUGGCAGAAUUGAUCUUCCAGGACGGCGACGUCGCCAGCAACUCAUACAAAACAUGAUGUAUUGAUUCAUUGUAAUCUGAAGGAGCACUCAGGAUGAGAGGAGGCAGGGGAGGAAGGGGCGGAAGUUUUGCGGGUGAUCGGAAACCUUGGGUCCGUGACGGGACCGAACGCCGAGGGCCUGUCAUCGAGGAAGCUCCACUUUAUCCGCCGAAUCCAGAACUUCGGCGCGCGAGCCGUCUUGACCCAUCGAUGGGCUGUCUGGUCCUCAUUCAUCGACUAUUAUCGAAUUAUUGGCGUAGCUCGGAGUUCCAUAUUCCCGAUCGUCCACCCAAGCCCGAAGUUGUGAGGUAUUCCAAUCGAAGCCAAAGCCAAAUGUACGACUUGGAGCUCCAGAAGGAUGCAAUUGUUGCUCACUGUCGAAAAGAGUACUUUCCUCCAGAGCUUCUGCAAUCAAAGCUUAUCCGCCCGACCCGCGGAGCAGGCAGAUUGUGCGCGUCAGAUUCUCGUCGUCAGCGGCUGAAAGAGAUGGAACAGAAGGAGAGCGAGGGCAGGGGAACUGACGAAAAGCAAAGGAAUGCAGGCACCGAGGAAAAGAAUGACGACGAGCUAUUUCCAGCUGAGGAACUUGAAGAUUUUGGAGGAGAUGAUUACGCACAUGACUACUAUGCGGACGAAGAUGUUGAUGACCACUUGGAUGAAGGGGAUGACGGGGGUGUCUUUUAACCGUAUGGUGCUCGUCGGUUGCGUAUGUCUCUGUUGUCCAUUGAUCCCUCAGAGGCGUGUGACGUUUUCAACGAGACAGAUUGUAUCCGUGAAUCUUACGUCUACCACGAACACUUUGUCAUUCCUGAGUUUCUCACCUCGGGUGCAGAGCACCCUAUGGUAAACAAUGUGAGCGGGGUUUCGUUAUCCAGGCGGACCGGCGUGUGUGGCAAGCUAGGCAACACGCCAUAAUACAAGCCAAAAUGGACCAGGG